AUGCCUUGCCUGUGGACAUUCCAUGAGCAGCAAGAGCACGAGAACAAGAAGAAGAAGAAGAAGCUGAAUAAGAACAACAAGAGUCGCGAUUGCGUCUCCAAAGGGAAACUGGAGAAGGGUGUGGGCUUCUUUAUCAGAGAAAAAGGGCCGAGCGGCGCACAAGGCUGGGGGGAGGCUAUGGUAAUCUAUGCAGGCAGACUAGUGCCGGGCGUCGGAACCAGAUGGGAAUGGCUCGAGGUGGGUGAGGUGAUAGCAGCAGUGGUUUUGGUGGUGCGCUCGUUCGCUCGACAGCGACGACAGACGGCGGCUGGCGGUGAUGAAUUGUGCAGUCGCGGUUUGUCACGACAGGCAGGCAGCGCUCUAGGGGCUUUGUGGUGGCGAAAGAGGGCAGCGCAGUGUGCGCCAGGGGGCGGUUUCGGCAAGGAUGACGAUGCGGGCGUGCGUCUUCCAGAAGACGGCGGUGGCCAAUCAGGGGGCGGCAGCGACUGGCCGCUUUAA